CCUUUUCAGCUUGUAACACAAAAACCUCGGCCGUGACAUCGCCGGAGUCCCGGCCUUCCACCACAGUUUCCGGUCGCUAUGUCGAAGGUAGCGCCCGCGCCCGCACCCGCAACAGGCGCCACGGCCACGGUUCGGGUAUCCAACAUCCCGUCCUCGGCGGUUGCCGCCGAGCUGCUCGCCUUCUUCGACACCGCCGUCGCCGCCGCCGGCGCGGCCUUCGCCUGCGAGAUUGCCGCGGCCCACCGCGGUUGGCUCAGCCGCGGUCAUGGAUCCGUCCAAUUCGACUCCGCUGCCGCUGCCUCCCUCGCCACCGACCUCUCCUCCUCCGGCCGGCUGCCCCCUUUCCUCGGUUCCCGCCUUUCCGUCUCCCCCGCCCACGUCGACCUCCUGCCCCGCGCGCCCGACCUCUCCCUCCGCGCCGCCGGCGCGAGCCUUGUUCUAGGCAACUGCGUCGCCGAACGCGAGCUCGAGGUGGCCUACGCCUGGGACGGCGUGCGCGCCGAGGUCAUCCCGGGGAAGCGGCGCGUGGACCUCUACCUGGAGCAGGAUUCCCGGAGGUACAAGCUUGAGGUGCUCUUCGAGGACAUCAGGGAGUGCUUUGGGUGCAGCCUUGAUGGGACGGGCGCCAUCUUGCUGCAGCUCAUUUAUGCACCAAGAAUACACACUGCAAUUUCCGGGUCUGCAGUUAAUUCGAGGUUUACAGAUGAGCGCUUUCAUGCAUGCAAGGAAGAUGCCAAGUUUGCAUGGGUUAGAGCACUAGAUUUUACACCUAAUAGCUGUUUUGGGAAGUGUUCCACUCUUGUCUUGAAACUUGGCGAAGGUGCACCAGUGUCAGAUAUUCUCGAAAGUUUAUCCUUCUCAGGAGAAUUAGGGGAACUGGCCAUUUCUUCAAUGGAUGUGUUUGGCCCCUCCUCCAAAGUGGUUCCUCUUGUUGACUGCCCAAGUGGCUUUUCAGUGCCUUAUGAAAUUCUUUUUCGUCUCAACUCUCUUGUUCACAUGGGGAAGCUAGUUGCCAGACAUGUUAAUGCUGAUCUGUUUAAAGUCCUCGAAGAACUCUCAGUUGAUACUUCGAGGAGGAUAUUUGAGAAAAUGAGCAAAUUAAAAUCUACCUGCUAUGAACCUUUGCAAUUCAUCAGACAGGAGGCUCAUAGCAUGAAGAUUAGCAAGAAUGCUUUGCUGUCCAAUAAGAGUAAAGGGAAAGGAAAAUUGACAAGGUGUUACAGAGUUCACAUCACGCCAUCAAAAAUAUACUGCUUGGGACCUGAGGAAGAAGUUUCAAAUUAUGUGGUUAAGUACCAUUUUGAGUAUGCUUCUGACUUUGUUAGAGUUACUUUUGUUGAUGAAGAUUGGAGCAAGCUUUCUCCCAAUGCAUUGUCAGCUAGAAUUGAACAAGGUUUCCUUUCUACACCUUUGAAAACUGGCCUGUAUCAUCGUAUCCUCUCCAUUCUAAAAGAAGGAUUUUGCAUUGGCCCAAAGAAGUACGAAUUUUUGGCCUUCUCAGCAAGUCAGCUUCGUGGUAAUUCUGUUUGGAUGUUUGCUUCAAAUAAUUCCUUGACUGCAGAGUGCAUAAGAAAGUGGAUGGGCCACUUUAAAGAUAUCCGUUCAGUCUCCAAGUGUGCAGCUAGAAUGGGCCAGCUGUUCAGCUCCUCCAGGCAAACAUUUGAAGUCUCAUCAUAUGAUGUUGAAGUAAUUCCAGAUAUCGAAGUAACAACUGAUGGCACUAAGUACAUAUUUUCCGAUGGCAUUGGGAAGGUUUCUUUGAGAUUUGCCAGACAAAUUGCCACAAUAAUUGGCUUAGACCCUGUUAACCCUCCUUCUGCUUUUCAAAUAAGGUAUGGUGGCUAUAAAGGAGUAAUUGCUGUUGACCCUACUUCCUUUUUUGAUCUUUCUCUGCGGCCUAGUAUGAAGAAGUUUGAAUCGAAGAGCACUAUGCUGAACAUUACAAAUUGGAGUAAGUCUCAGCCUUGCUAUAUGAAUCGUGAAAUUAUAUCUCUUCUUUCAACAUUGGGGAUAAGGGAUGAAAUAUUUGUGUCAAUGCAAAAAGAUGAUAUGCACGAAUCAGAUGACAUGCUAACAAACAAAGAAGCUGCUUUGUCUGUCCUGGGGAAAAUUGGUGGUGCUGAAACCAAGACGGCAGUGAAGAUGCUUCUGCAAGGCUAUGAACCAAGUUCGGAGCCUUACCUGUUGAUGAUUCUUAAAGCCCAUCAGGCCAAUAGGCUGACUGACAUAAGAACUAGGUGUAAGAUUCAUGUGCAGAAAGGCCGUGUUCUUAUUGGUUGUUUGGAUGAAACUGGCAAGUUAGACUAUGGUCAAGUUUACAUCAGAAUCACAAAGAAUCGCAAGGAGCAGAAGGACAAUGAGCAACCAUUCUUUUAUAAUGAUGAUGGGAAAACAGCCGUAGUUGUUGGGAAAGUUGCAAUCUCAAAAAACCCAUGUCUCCAUCCUGGCGAUAUCAGAGUACUUGAAGCUGUAUAUGACCCUGGAUUGGAUGCUAGGGGCCUUGUUGAUUGUGUUGUCUUUCCUCAGAGAGGUGAAAGGCCGCAUCCAAAUGAAUGCUCGGGGGGUGAUUUGGAUGGUGACCUUUUCUUUAUUACUUGGGAUGACAAACUGAUACCAGAGAAGAUUGAUGCACCUAUGGACUACACUGCAACAAGGCCACGUAUAAUGGACCAUGUUGUCACACUUGAGGAAAUUCAGAAGCACUUCGUCGAUUACAUGAUAAAUGAUGCUCUCGGUGUUAUCUCCACUGCCCACUUGAUCCACGCAGACCGUGAUCUGCUGAAAGCUCGGAGCCCUGAGUGCCUCCAGCUCGCUGCUCUGCACUCCAUGGCCGUUGACUUCGCUAAGACGGGAGCUCCAGCCGAGAUGCCCCGAGCGCUGAGACCCCGGGAGUUCCCGGACUUCAUGGAACGGUGGGAGAAGCCAAUGUACAUCUCCAACGGCGUCCUCGGCAAGCUCUACCGUGCCGCCCUGCAGCAAGCGGAGAACUCGGAAGCUCUCCUGCCCCCGGUCCCACCCAGCUGCGCGUACGACCCCGACCUCGAGAUCUCCGGCUUCCACGAGUUCCUGGACGCCGCGGAGGAGUGCUACGAGCUGUAUGCCGAGAAGCUGGGCACCCUGAUGAGCUACUACUCGGCGGAGCGCGAGGACGAGAUCCUGACGGGCAACAUCGGUAACAAGCUGCUGUACCUGAAGCGGGACAACAAGCGGUACUUCGAGAUGAAGGACCGGAUCGUGGCCGCCGUCGACAGCCUGCACGACGAGGUCAGGGGUUGGCUCAGGGGAUGCAGGGAGGAGGACGCGUCGAGGGUGGCGUCGGCGUGGUACCACGUGACGUACCACCCAGACCGCCGGCAGGGGAAGCGGUUCUGGAGCUUCCCCUGGAUCGUCUGCGACAGCCUGCUGGCGAUCAAGGCGGCGCGGAGGUGCAGGCGGCAGGUGGACGGCGCCGUGCCGAUGGACUGCGGCGCCCACUGUGCCAGCGAAGCGAAUAACUGAAUAUGUGCGAGAUUUGAGUGGUAAACUGGACUGUUACCGUAAGAUAAUAAGAUGUAAAAAUAACUGCUGCAGUGCUGCGUGCUGUAAAAAUGUCUAAUACAGACUUGUCUGAG